GCCUGGCAGGAGGACAGCGCUGCUGCUGGCUUGAGGAAAUUGAUGACGGGGAAGCAUGCGGGCAACCCAGUGUACUAUAAAACUCAUAAACGUGUAGGCAGAGGCUCAGCUACCACUUUGGACGGCUGCUUCCCGCCAGCGAAGACCACGCCACGGGAAGCCGAGCCCGAGCCUGCAGGGAAACAUGAAGAGCCUCUUGCUGCUGGCCACGCUCCUCGUGCCUGCGCACCUGACGACGGCUUGGAGCACCAAGUAUGCGGUGGAUUGCCCUGAACGUUGUGACAGUAACGUGUGCAAAAGCAGCCUGCGCUGCAAGAGGACGGUCCUCGACGACUGCGGCUGCUGCCGGGUGUGCGCCGCGGGGCUGGGAGAAACUUGCUACCGCACAGUCUCCGGCAUGGAUGGUGUGAAGUGUGGCCCGGGGCUGAGGUGUCAGUUUUACAGUGAGGAGGACGAUUUCGGUGACGAGUUUGGUAUCUGCAAAGAUUGCCCCUACGGCACCUUCGGGAUGGAAUGCAAAGAGACCUGCGACUGUCAGUCGGGCAUAUGUGACAGAGUGACCGGUAAAUGUCUGAAAUUUCCCUUCUUCCAAUUUUCGGUAGCCAAGUCUUCCAGCAGGAGGUUUGUUUCUCACACAGAGCAUGACGUGGCUUCUGGAGAUGGCAAUGCUGUGAGAGAAGAACUCGUGAAAGAGAAUGCUGCCCGGUCUCCUGUAAUGAAAUGGUUAAAUCCCCGCUGAUCCUGGGCAGGAUUUCCAAAUGAGGACUCUAUUCUAAUGGUCAUUCAACACACAGCCAACAUUUUAGGAACUGUCUAGAUUAUAGCAUAUGGAUCUAUAAUUUUUGGAGACCAAGUGUGAUUCAGGGCGGGUCCAGAAAACAAAAAAGUAGCCUACUAACAAUCCAUAAAAUGCAUAUGACUGAACACUUUUAGACAUUUGUUAAAUAUUUGAAUGCAUAUAGAUUUGUUAAAUAUGUGUUUAUAUUGAAGAACUCAAAAUGCAAUUUAGAUAAUUUUGAUGUGGAGACAGGUGAGCCAAAGAGAAAGCUAGCCAAAGCUGAAGACCACAGUGAGUCCACGGUUCUUUGACUCGAGUGAACGUUAGUGUUGGGAUACCAGAUGGAGGAAGAGUUAGGAGCAAGCGAA